CUCCCUCAAAAUAGGCUGUGGGCUGGGAACACUGGCCCGUUUGCUCCUCGCUUUUUUCUGGAGUAGGCAAGCGAGAUCGACCUCUGGCUUGAGGCGGUCAGAGAGCGAGAGCGAGAGCGAGAGCGAGCGGGAAAUACUGAUAGGUGAGCAGAGUAUAGGCGGUGCAGUGCGAGGAGUAGAAGUAGACGGAUUCUGGUGAUAUCUAGCGUACCAGAGCCGCUGAUUGAGAUAGGAGGCCUCCGGCCACGGGUCGUCGUCGAGCUUUUACCUUCAUCUAGCAUCUUCCUUUCCUUCACGGGCUUGUGCAUGUUUUUCUGUUAUAAAGCUGAACUUGGAGUAGCUUUGCGAAGGCAGGAUGCUGUAAAUUUUCCAAAAAGAGUUUGUUUCCUCAUAGCAAUAUGCCUCGCAAGACAAAUUUCAGGCCUGACUAUGAUGAAGACUACAAUGAUGACUAUGGCGACUAUGAUGACUAUGUUGGUUAUGAUGACAAAGAGCAUGGACUUUCUACAAAAGGAAAGACUUCUCAGCAAGACAAGGCAUUGAAUAAACCUGUGAUUUGGUCCUGCUACAUUUGCACAUAUGAUAAUGAACAAAGUUUUCUGUCUUGUGAAAUUUGUGGAGUUCUUCGUGACCCCUCUGUUGCCUCUGGCAAGGCAAGUGAUGCAAAAGCACUUGCCAAACCAGUCUUUGGUGCAACUGAUGAGAAAAAUAGGACAACCAAAGUGAAAAUAAAUGAUAAUAUUUCAGCUGCAUUAUCCGAUGAGAGACAAAUGGAUCAUUCUUCAGCCUCGUUUGCUCAAGCAGUGCAACUCAAUCAAACCAAGGGAAAGAAUUCCAAGUUCAAUAAAAACACACUACCAAGUCUAACCAAUGAUGUAGACUGUUUGAAGAUAGAAACAAAUGUCAUAAGAAAAAAAGAGGAUUCACUGGAUGAUUCUAAACCUGGAACAGAGCUAUUACAUGACCAAGAGCAAGGAAAGCAGGUUCAGCUGAAUCUUGCAAUUGUUGGUCAUGUUGAUUCUGGAAAAUCAACAUUAUCUGGAAGAUUAUUGCAUCUUUUGGGAAGAAUAUCCAACAAAGAAAUGCACAAAUACGAAAAGGAAGCUAAAGAAAAGGGCAAGGGAUCUUUUACUUAUGCUUGGGCCAUGGACGAGAGCACUGAGGAGCGGGAAAGAGGUGUAACAAUGACAGUGGCUGUUGCAUAUUUUAAUUCAAAGAAGUAUCGUGUGGUUUUGCUAGACUCCCCUGGCCACAAAGAUUUUGUUCCAAAUAUGAUAUCUGGUGCAGCACAAGCUGAUGCUGCUGUCCUUGUUAUUGAUGCCUCUGUGGGUUCUUUCGAAGCUGGUAUGGAAGGCAGUGGUUUUGGGCAGACGAGAGAGCAUGCUCAACUUAUGCGGAGUUUUGGUGUUGAACAACUAAUAGUAGCUAUUAAUAAGAUGGAUCUGGUAGCUUAUAAGAAGGAAAGAUUUGAUUUCAUAAAGACGCAGCUUGGAUCUUUCUUACGCUCAUGUGGUUUCAAGGAAUCAAACGUAACUUGGAUUCCUCUUAGUGCCAUGGCAAAUCAGAAUUUGGUUACAGCUUCGUCAGAUGCUCGUUUAUCUUCUUGGUACCGGGGAUUGUGUCUUUUAGAUGUGAUAGACUCGUUACAACCUCCACUACGUGAUGUUUCAAAGCCUCUACGUCUUCCUAUAUGUGAUGUCACUAAGUUGCACACACUUGGAAUGGUGGCGGUUUCUGGAAAACUGGAGGCUGGAGCUGUUCAAAUUGGUUCGAAGGGACCGUUUAGGGAUUUCCUUUUGAUUUUCCAAUUGGUAGAAGAUCAGAGUUGUUCCCAAACAAGACACAAAAUGCUUCUCAUCGUGCUAUAUGGUUUUGAGGUCUUAGUUAUGCCUUCAGGGGAAUUUGCUAGUGUUCGAUCCAUUGAGCGGGAUUCUUCUGCUUGCAGCACUGCAAGAGCGGGUGACAAUGUGGCUGUCAAUUUGCAUGGCAUAGAUCCUAUCCACCUAAUACCUGGUGGUGUGCUCUGUCACCCAGACUUCCCUGUGGCCGUGGCAGCAAGGCUAGAGCUCAAGAUCCUUGUUUUGGACAUCAAAAUGCCAAUCAUAAUUGGAUCUCCAGUUGAGUUCCACAUACACCACGUAAAGGAAGCUGCCAGAGUUGUAAAAAUAGUAUCCGUUGUGGAUCAGAAAACUGGAAAGGUUUCUAAAGGUGCUCCAAGAGUUCUCAAGUCUAAGCAAAAUGCCAUAGUUGAGGUGGAAUUGGAUGGCGCUGUUUGCGUUGAAGAAUUCACUAAGUGCAAAGCUCUUGGACGGGCAUUCUUAAGGUCUUCAGGAAACACAAUAGCUGUGGGCAUCAUUACUCGGAUAUUUGAGCAGAAUGCAUAGAUUUUUAGGCAUGAUUAGAAGCCUGUUGAGCUUACAGGGUUCUAUUUUUUAUACCGAAUGAGAAUGGCGGACUAUGCUGUAUAGUAUGAGAAGAGAAUGCUAAAAAAAAAAAAGAGAAGAGAAUGCUGAGAAGUUGAGGCGGUCAUCAGUUUUGCUUGCUUUCAUAAAUUGUUAUAUUAUUAUUAUCACUAUUUUCUUAAGCAUUUUAAAUUCAAGUGCUUAAGAUGUGGAAAUUUUUUAAGAAAAUUAAUCCUCCUUUAAAUUCAUUUC